AUGGUUGUGUUCCGGAAUUUAAUACAAAAAAACCAUGAUAACACUCAGUGGAGACAAGAACCAAGUAUGUGGAAACAGGUAUCUUGUUCUGUGGAAUUCACAAAUAUAAAAUGUACGUCUCUUGAUAAGAAAUUUACCGAUUUCGAUUAUUGCUAUUUAAGAUCGAUAAAUCGUACCUACAAGUAUUUGUCUAUAAAGGCAAAACUCUUCCAAAAACCGGUGACAAAUGCAUCAGUACGUUGGACCGUUUUAAGAAAAACUAAUGGAUAUAAGCCGUUUCUGAUCGACUUAACAUUUGAUGUUUGUGAUUUUUUUAAAUCGCACAAGGAUUCGUUAUCAAGAUUAACCUAUAGCUUUUUUAGAGAUUACUCAAAUCUAAAUCAUACUUGUCCAUAUGAUCAUGAUGUAAUUAUAGAAAAACUUGAUACUAAUUUUAUGAAUAGUAAACUAUCGGCACUACCAAUAAAUUUACCAACAGGAGAGUAUGCUUUCUUUUCAACAUGGAUGGCUUUCAAUAUUCCUCGUGUAGAUGUUAAAGUUUACUACAAAAUAUUUAAAUAA